GAAUACAUUGAUGAAUUUUCCAUCAACAAGGCAGAAUCAGCAGCAGUUGUCAAAGAAUCACUUGAUUAUAUUUCUUCAAGUAUUCAGUCAUGCUUACAAGUUGUCUCAAAUACAGAUGAAGAGGGCAAACAUACAUAUUCUGAAAAAAAGCAGGGGUAGAUUGUGUUAAUCCAGAAUCUGAAAGUAAGCUUGCAAAAGCUGAUAAUGAAAACUUCAAUAAGCCUAUUGGUGAUCCAGAAGCUGCUGAAAUAGAGUCGGAACUUUAUGGUUUACAGAUUAUUGAGAAUGGUGAUCUUGAAGAACUACAUGAGCUAGGAUCCGGAACCUUUGGAACCGUUUAUUAUGGCAAAUGGGGAGGAACAGAUGUUGUAAUUAAGAGAAUAAAAAGUAGUUGUUUCGCUGGUAGAAUGUCAGAGCAAGAGCGGUUGACUAAAGAUUUUUGGAGAGAAGCAAAGGUUCUAUCAACUCUUCACCAUCCAAAUGUGGUGGCAUUUUAUGGGGUAGUUCCAGAUGGCCCAGGUGGAACAUUGUCAACUGUAACAGAAUACAUGUUGCACGGAUCACUGAGAAAUGUUCUCUUGAAGAAGGAGAGAGUGCUUGACCGUCGUAAAAGGAUCAUGAUUGCAAUGGAUGCAGCCUUUGGCAUGGAAUAUUUGCAUUUAAAAAGUAUUGUUCAUUUUGAUUUGAAGUGUGAUAAUCUGCUUGUCAACUUGGGUGAUCCUGAGCGGCCUGUAUGUAAGGUUGGAGAUUUUGGGCUAUCGAGAAUUAAACGCAACACACUUGUUUCUGGUGGUGUCAGAGGGACUCUUCCAUGGAUGGCACCGGGACUACUGGAUGGUAACAGCAUUAGAGUAUCUGAGAAGGUCGAUAUUUUCUCAUUUGGUAUCACAAUGUGGGAAAUCUUGACUGGGGAAGAACCUUAUGCUAACAUGCACUGUGGUGCUAUCAUAGGAGGUAUUGUCAAUAAUACGCUGAGGCCAUCUAUUCCAAAACGUUGUGAUUCUGAGUGGAAAAAGUUGAUAAAAAAAUGUUAGAGCCCUGAACCUGAGGCCAGGCCAACCUUCACAGAAGUUAAAAAUAGACUCCGCAACAUGUCAGCUGCACUGCAGAAAAGGAGACCUAAUGUUGGGAUUCGGUGAAAAAAACAAAACAUUACUUG